AUGCCCGUUGACCAUUCUACCGUCAAAGAAGUGGUUCCAGCGGCCAACAACAUAGAAGGAAGCCAAAGUUCCACCGUCAGAGAAUUUGGCUCCGUUCCAGGCAUCAUCAAAUUGAACCGUCAACGCACUCACCUGGAGUGGCAGCUUGACCGUCUAGAACAGAUGUUCGUCAAACACAGCACCGACGUUCACUCGCUGAAAACCAUAGCAGGCCGAGUGAAGGUGCUUGCUUUGCACUACAAACAAUGGUACGAAUCGAUCUUGGACGUUGUGAGCGACGACCAGGCUCAGGAAGCAAUCGAGCGAUAUAGCGUGUUUGACGACAGGGUAUUCGAGUUAAGCAAAAACAUCGAGUACCAGUUGGCAUCGCAGAUCCCAUUGCCUACAACACCAAACCCAGUUUUCGGGUGCACUUCAAGCGGAUGCAAGAUCUGCCAACAACGGCAUCAUACGUUGCUGCAUGAAGCAGCGCAAGCAACUGAUGCGUCGGAUGCUCCAUCAACGAGUUCUACCAAUCCUCCUCAGUCCCUUACCCACUGUUCCAUCCAGAUCGACAACAGUGUUGUGUUGCUGCAAACCGUGCUGGUCCAGGUAGAGGACAAUCACGGACGAUGUCAUCUAGCACGUACCUUGCUGGAUUCCGGAGCACAACUCAACAUCGUUACCGAGCGUCUUACUCAACGGCUGGGUGUGGCGAAACGGCGAGAGAAUCAUCGCAUCGGAGGAAUUGGAGAAGUUUCCGUGACGUCACAACAUUCGACUGUGUUAAGGAUCCAUUCUUUAAACAGCGAAUACGCAGCGUCCGGAAUGUUCCACGUACUCAGCAAGCUCACUCGUGAGCUCCCAUCAAGCCGUAUCAACACAAGCAGCUGGCAGAUACCUCGUCAAGUUCAGCUGGCCGAUCCUUCAUUUCACAGUCCUGGCCCGAUCGACCUCAUCAUCGGCGCAGAGCUGUACUACGACGUCGUUAAGGAAGGACUCAUCAAGCUAUCCCACGAAAGAGUGACACUCCAAAACACUGCUUUCGGUUGGGUGAUAGCAGGUAGAGUCAAUGUUCAUACACCAUUACCACAUUCAUCCAUCGUUGGACACGUCUGCAGUACUAGCAUCGAAGAGCAGCUGAGCAAAUUCUGGGAGCUGGAGUCAUGCCGAGUUACCAGCACAUUAUCCGUCAAGGAGAGCAACUGUGAGAAACAGUUCGCAGCCACCACCACCAGAGACACCUACGGUCGAUUCAUCGUGCAGCUACCGAAACGAGAGGACAAUCUGGCUCUUCUUGGGGAUUCGAAAGGGAUAGCCACACGCCGCUUCCUUGCCUUGGAACGUCGGCUAUCCUCGAAAGCCUCAUUGAAGACAGCGCACACACAGCUCAUCGAGGAGUACCCAGAACUUCAGCACAUGACAGAAGUAGCCGAGAGCGAUGCUACAACUUCAUCACCAUCAUACUAUCUUCCAAAUCACUGCAUCGUGCGACCAGAUAGUACCACCACUAAACUCUGGGUAGUGUUCGACGCUUCGUGUGUAUCAGACACCGGAACAUCUUUAAACGAUGCACUGAUGAUCGGACCCACUAUCCAAGACGACCUGAUGUCCAUUCUACUGCGGUUUAUAAUGUCGAAAUUUGCCCUGGUAGCAGACAUCGAGAAGAUGUACCGGUAA